GUUGGAAGAAAACAAAGUGCCCUGAAAAGGCGACCCACACAACCAAUCACAAUAAUUCUAUUACUCCAGAUCCUCAAUGGGUCUGCCAGCGCCGAGGGUCUUCCUUCGGCCAUCGCACACAGCGGAUGUCCGAGCGGUGGCAUGAUUUCCAAGGUUUCCAAGGUUUUCCCAGGGGUGUGGGAGCGACUGACUGGAAUCAUGCUCGCGGCCAGCGGGACAAUGGUAAAUAGAUGGAGUGGCACGAUGAUGGCUGAGAACUGCAUCUCCGUGGCAGAUGAAAAAUACACCAAUAUUAAUACCAAGCUGCAGCCCGUACCUGCAUCGUGUUUGAGACCUGACUCUUGUAACAGACUGGCACAUCACCGCAAACACCACUCAUCAUUCUUGCCUAACACCUCACUUGGCACUCACGACAGUGACUGACCGCUCACAACAACCACCCUGCGACAACCUUACAAGACACCACGCCGUACUUGUACCACCGUAUUGGGAUCUCACCCUCGACUAGGAAUACAUCACCACAAUGACCGUGACACCCAGCACAACAGCAGGCCCAAAACCGGGUGACGCCACCAAUGGCGACGCUGUCCCCCAAGCAGCGCCCCUGAGUCAAGCUCAGCUGGCCAUCAUCAAGGCCACUGUGCCCGUUCUGCAGGUCCAUGGUGAGGCUAUCACGAAAACUAUGUACGACAACAUGAUCGGCGCUCAUCCCGAACUGCACAACGUCUUCAGCACUACCUCUCAGACCACCGGAAGGCAGCCACGGGCACUUGCGCGCUCAGUUCUCGCGUACGCCAUGUACAUUGACGACCUGCCCAAGCUGGCACACGCCGUGGAGCGGAUAGCCCAGAAGCACGUCAGCCUGUUCAUCCAGCCGGAACAAUACGACAUCGUGGGGGGAUUCUUGAUAGGCGCCAUCGGCCAGGUCCUAGGUGACGCAGCCACACCCGAGAUUGUGGACGCCUGGACGGCUGCGUACGGGAUCCUGGCCAGCGUGUUCAUCAACCGCGAGAAGGAGCUGUACAAGGCCGAUGAGAACUGGACGGGCUGGCGCAAGUUCCGCAUUGCGAGGAGGGUGAAGGAGGCCGAGGACGUCGCGAGCUUCUACCUCGAGCCCGUGGAUGGGGCCGCGCUGCCAAGCUUCCUCCCCGGCCAGUACGUCAGCCUGCAGGUUUUUGUGAAGCAGCUGGGCUACAACCAGAGCCGGCAGUACAGCCUGAGUCAGGCACCCGACGACGCAGGCAAAUCCUACCGCGUCAGCGUCAAGAAGGACCGGGACGCCGAGGCGGGCAUCGACGGCCUCAUCUCGAACAUGCUGCACGACGGCUACAAGGAGGGCGACGUGGUCGAGCUGUCGCACCCGCAUGGCGAGUUCUUCCUGGACCCGUCGGAUGUCUCAAAGGAGGGCGCGCCCGCCGUGCUUAUCUCCGCCGGCAUCGGCGCGACGCCGCUCAUGUCCAUGCUCCACGCCUUGGCGAAGCCCUCGGCAGUCAAGAGGCCCGUCUCGUGGGUCCACACCGCGCGGUCGAGAGCUACACAGCCGUUUGCCGAUGAGGCGACCGCCACGCUGGAUCAGGGGGCCAUCAAGGACAGGGCCUCGACUCACGUCCAUCUGAGACAGGGGCUCGACGGAGAGGGAAAGCCAAGGUUGGACAUUGCGGCUUUGGGCCGGGAGGGCAAGCUCUUCGUGAACGACUCAAGGGCGGAGUACUUUAUCUGCGGACCGGAGAAGUUCAUGUUGGAGGCGAGAAAGGCACUUAGGGAUCUUGGUGUUGAGAAGAGCAGGAUCUACCUGGAGUUGUUUGCGACCGGCGAUGUGGCGGAUGACGCUUAGACGACGGCCGUGGGAGGUCAGUUCUAGAGAUUUGGAAACGUUUGUUGAAAUUAAGAGGAUUCAGAUGCCACAUUUUGGACAAUGGGCUGCCAGAAGAGUAGAUCAUGGUGGCAGGAAACUCCUACGAUAUCAUUUCAUUUGGGGCGGCCAUGGAACUCAGCUCACCUUGUAAUAACAAUUGUCUUUUGUAGUAAGGGAUCAAAACUUUACCACC